UACAUUUUAUGUUUCAUAAGUAGCAAAGCAUGUGGUACGAUUAACCAUGGAUAUGUCGACAGAUUAUUUAGAAGAAUUAGACGAUACAGAAAAAGAUAUAUCAGAAUCUCAUUCGAAACUUCUUGAAGCUGUAUCACAACUUGAUAAAGGUCAAAGAGUGAAAAAGGCAGAACGAAGUGAACCUAUAUUGAAAGUAUCAGAGUUUCAUCUAGUAAAAAGUGGAAUAUGUGAUCGAGAUGCAGUUCAUGUACAUAAUUUAGCCAAAACAUUGGGACAAAAAGGUCAUCAUCAUGAAAUUGCUAGAAAUUUACAAGCUAUAAAGAGAAAGGUUCAAGUUUUAAGAAAACCAUUGGAGAAACCAGCAGCAGAUAGAAUAAAGAGAAUAGUUGGCUUUAAAAACACGAAACAAGAAUUAAAAAAAUGGAAUGCUAUAAUAACAAGAAACAGAACAGCAAAAUCACUUCAUUUUCCUUUGAAUCAGUCAUCAAUGAAAUUGGAUUCAUCUACAGAAUUUGUUAAAAGAUUUAGACUUCAAUCAGAUUUAGAGAAAGAACUUGCUGCACUAGAACCACAAAAAAAUAAUAUUGAAGAAAAGAGUGACGAAUUCUCUUUAACAUUGAAGGAAAUUAUUAUGAAAAGGAAAGAAGCUGCCAGAAUCAGAGCACAGCAGUCUUAUAGAGAAGCAAAGGCUCAUCGUCAAAAUAAAAUUAAAAGUAAAAAAUUCCAUCGUGUUCAAAGAAAAGAGAAAAUAAAAUUACAAUUGAAAGAGUUUGAGGAAUUGCAAAAAACUAAUCCAGAAGCUGCAUUGGAGAAACUUGAACAAUUAGAUAAGACCAGAGCUGAAGAGCGAAUGACAUUAAGGCAUAAAAAUACAGGAAGAUGGGCCAAAUCUAAACAAAUUAGAGCAAAAUAUGAUAAAGAAACUCGACAAGAACUUGCGCAACAAUUAUCAGUUGGACGAGAAUUAACUCAGAAAUUAAAAAAAUCAAAUGAUAGUGAAGAAGAAGAUACGCCUGUGCAGUUUUUAGCUAGUGAUAAAGAAAAUCCUUGGGUAGGGAGUGUCAAAACUGAAUCAGAAAUUGACAAAUUUGUCAAAAGUUAUCGUAAAUAUUGGGAUGAUCAAAAUAAAAAGUUAGAAGGCCAAAAUAUAAAUAUCAAUUCUAAAAUUACAACUGAAAAUAAAAAAAAUCCAUUAAAGGAUACGCAACUUAGUAUUUUAAAUGGCACGGAUACUCAUGUCAAUAUAAACUCUUUUGAAAUCCAAAAUAAUGAAAAAAUACAAGAAGCUAUAAAUUUGAACAAGUCGACAAUUUCAUUAAUAGAUUCUAGUUCAAGAGAUAAUAAUACUACAAACAAUAAACAACCACUUGAAAUUAAGAGCCAUAAGGAAUAUUUGACAAAAGUUAAUGUUAAAAAUGUAAAGAAUAAGUCUUAUAAGAAAAUUAUAGAAAAUAACAAGUUAGAUAAUAAUCUAAUACAAUUUAAUAAAAAAAUUAAAUUGCCUAAAACAGAUAUAAAUAACGUCACAGCUACUUCCAGUUGGAAUGUAGAAUCUAUAGAAAAUAUUAAUACAGAAAAUUUCACAAAUUCUAAUGUAUCAAAUAGCGAAAAAAUAAAUAAACUAUUUGAUUUUAUGGAAGAAAAGAUUCAAGACCAAAUUAAAUCUGAACUUGAGCGUAUUACCCAGAAUUAUGAGGAAAUAAAAACUAACAAAAAAAGAAAGUCUAAAAACAUUGAAUUUAAAGAUGAUAAUUUUGAUGGUCUUGAAAUUCAAGCGAAAAAACGAAAGCCUAUUUUAGAUUUAAGUUUAAAUGAAAGUGCCUGCAAAAAUAAUUUGGAAGUGAAUACCGAAUUAGAAAGAAUUAAACAAAUAAAGCAAGAUAACACUUUAUCUAUAGAUAGAUCAAACGCUUCUAAGAUAGAAAUAGACCCAAAUAAAUAUAUAAACAUAAAACCUAAGCAUUUAAAUACAGAUCUUCCGAUUGAUAUCACUGGCGGUGAUGAUGUAUUAGAUGACAGUGACGGUGAGGAGGAAAGACGUAAUGUAGUAAGCGAAGCAUUUGCAGAUGAUGAUGUCGUAGAAGAGUUUAGAAAAGAAAAAGAGGAAGAGGUGAAAAAGGCUCAACCUAAGGAUGUUGAUUUAAUUUUACCUGGAUGGGGUAAUUGGGGUGGAAAAAAUGUUGAAGUUUCAAAACGUAAGAAAAGACGUUUUAUUUUAAAAAUGCCUAAAGAUUUACCCCGGAGAGAUGAAAAUAAGGGUGACGUAAUAAUAUUUGAAGAAGAUAAUCCCAAAAUAAAGGAACAUCAGGUUAACGAGCUACCAUAUCCAUUUUCAAGCGUUAAAGAUUAUGAAGCCAGCAUUAGAAUGCCAAUUGGAAGAAAUUUUGUAUCUGAAAAUUCUCAUAGAAAAUUAAUCGAACCCUCUGUUAAAACACAUAUGGGAAAGAUUAUUGAACCAAUGAAUGAAGACAUUUUGGUUAAAAAAAAUGAUAAAGAAAAUCGAAAAUUUAUUCCUAAAAGAAUAAAUAAAAAACAAAAGAUAAAACGAAUAAAAACAAAUAAGCAAUAAAAUAAAUCAGGAAAUGUACUAUUAAAAAGAAUGUUUUAAUAAAAAAUAUUCAAAUUUUAGUUUCCAAAAUAUGUAUUAUAAAAUGUAUGUAAUAAUAAGCUUAUAUUUCUUCUUUGUCUAUUAUUGGUUGUUAA